GACAUAUCGCAUCGACCGAUUCAUGAGAUGGUCUUCGUUUUAUCCCCUUCAUCUCGACUUCACAUAAUUAAUUACCUUUCAACAACGUCUAUCCUCGCUGUAGCGGACCCUUCAGCGCUUCUUUUUGUGGACUCUACAGUACGCCUACCCCGGAUUGUCAACCUGAACCCCCUUCGGCAGCCAACAGCAACAAUUACGCUUGGCUCUGGGCGGCCUUUUGUAGCUUUAGGUCCCAGUCCCUGAUCUGAUCAGCUGAUGAUCUCUCCCCUUUGAAGACCUGCGCUACAGAUAGAGCUGCGACCUCUUUCCAGCUCCCACUCUCUCCCGCAGAUCUCUACUUAGCUUUGCGAUUCAACGUCCAACCUUGACCAUCUCACUCGACUAAUAACCGUUGUAUCGCUAUUGUUACACCAUUCGACUCGACUUCAAUACCGUGACUCAUAUUUUUUUUGGUGCCAUGGCUGUCUCUGUCGCCUGAAUUUUGGCUCUUGGCGGCGCUUCCACGAUGCGAUAGAUUCAGCCCCCUCCUUUGUCUCCAACUACUUCCACUCGUUCCUCGAUAUCUCACGCUGUACCACAUCGUCUUACGCGCAUAUUCGCCCAACCUCAUUCUCGAUUCGAGUCGUACCGACGUUUCCAACGCCUUCUCCUUGGCUACGCGCCUUUGUGCUUCCCAAACAUCCCUUUCAGGAGGCUUGCCGUUUCUCACCUGUAGCCACUCACAUCCGCCGCCUCCAUGAUGACCUCGGCCAUUAGGCCUUCGUCACAAGUGUCUAUUUCGGGCAGUGGCACCGCCACCAUGGCCGCCAGCCAGCUUCAACCGUUAACGUAUGACGGGGGUGAGCUGCGAAUCGUCCUUGUGCCAACAUCCGACGAUGGGAACGACGCUUCAGAACAUGACAUUGGAGGAUCAGAGGUCGACCGCCGAUUUUCGUCCGACAGUUAUAGAUCAUAUAGAGCGCCGAACCAAUCCAUUCCGACACACCCUAUCCCGUCUUUACAGGAUGCCUUUGCCGAAUCGCUGGACGAAGUCACAUCCGAGACCGAAGGACCCGGUAAACCUAAAUUGAGAGAACUUGAUGCACAAGGUCGUCGGGGAAGAUUAUUAGAACAGGCUGCUGAGGACGAACCAUUCGACACAUUAUGGCGUUAUCGACCUGGACAGCAACAGCAUGAGAUGUACAAACUCAUCUCACAAAUUACAUUUGGUGUAUACCUCUUGCUCAAUAGUUUGGCUGCCGAUAAUGGUCAAGUCGUGACCAUUCUUCAAGGUCAUAUUGAUGAGGUUGAUGAGUUUCUCGAGGUGAUGCUUGAAGACUUUGCGCAGGCUCACAAGGAUCUCACAGAGCGCAUCGCUCUUCUUCAGCUUCCCAUGGCCAACAGACAAGCCUUCGAAAACAUGCUUGAAGAUCGGACCUUCAGAGCAAAGAUUCUUGCCGGGAAUGAGAGGAUCGACCAUAUCCUGGCUCGAACGAAUGCUGCCAUGAAGCAAUGGGACGACGAUAUUGAUGCUGGACUUCGUUCUAGUGAAGCCUUUAUGGAAUGGCUCAAUGAACACAAGAAUAUUAAAUGGCCAGAGUCCGAGCCUGAUCUGGACAGUAUUUACCGGGCUAUGAAGGGCAACGCUGAUGGCUGGCUCAACACUUUCGACGACUUGAACAAUCAGGCACAGGAUCUGAACGGAUUGGUUAUAAAACUCAUGACUAUCGUGGCUGAAAUGGAGAAGACGGCUGGCGAGGUUAGCCGCAAGACCUGGGCAACCAUCCCUCCGUUCACUAUCCCGGUCGACGAGCCAAAGUCUGAAGAGCCUGCUCAAGUCGCCUCUCCGUCGACAAGAUCCAAUACGAAAUCGCUUACACCCGUGGCCAGCAUUCGUAGUGGUGAGAGUCAUCGUGCAUCCCACAUGACGCAAGACGAUCCCGAAGUGAAAACUCUCAGUGAUUUCCCUCUUCCUGGAGGCACACCCCUACUACCACCUACGACGUACCAACGCGCGAGCUUUAAACCUUCCCCGAACCUAAGCGUCUCGACUACUUCACCUAGGCCCAAUAUCAGCGCAAGCGUGUCACCCUCAUCUUCUGGACCCAACCUUAGUACUACAUCCCCUUCAUCUGGCGCGUCUACUCCCAGGGCGUCUGUUGCAGGUGAUGCAAAACAGCCAGAGAGGGAGGAACCUGAUAACAGUGAUGCAAAUAGCGGUUUCGACGAUGGGCCUUUAUAUAUCCUUCAACCCAAGGUCUACACCCCAAAAUCCGCCGCAGCUCCUGUGGCUCCAGGCCCUGAGACGCCUCGUUUCGAAGAAAUGAGUCAAAGGCGAACUAUAACACCUUCUACUAUACAUAUCCCUGCUCCCGAAGAAGUUGAGGAACAGACUCACAGACGAACGCUCACCCAGACUGUUCAGGAUGCAAUGGGACUGCAGAAGCGGACCUCAUUGCGGCAACGAGUCUCAUUGAAGAAGAAUCCACCUGAGUCGAUUCACAUCCCUCCACGCACCUACGCCGAGCCGCCACCCAGCCGCCCAUCUCCCUCUAAUACAGCACCCCGUACGGCCAGAUCUCAUGCGCCCGAUUACACCCUUGGCUCCGAUCUCGAAGUACAGCAGCCUCAUCGACUUCCCCGGGCAAUCUCACAUGCAGACUUCUCAUCAACUCAAUCCCAUGUCCCUGUGAUACCUUCGCCUCACUCCGAGCAUCACCAGUUCUAUCAUAAUACGAUUCCUGUCCGUGCAUCGCCUCAUUCUCCUCUACAGCAGAGACCUCAUACUGCCGGCCCAGCAGAUGUCCAAUAUCGCCCCUCAGGAUAUUUCCAAGGUCAUCAACGUAACCAGCCUUCUCGAAUGGGCGGUAUGAGUACUCUCAGUAGUGUUACAACAGCGACCUACGAUGAUGCCGCUACUGUUACUUCACGAGCUACUACCCAGGCCGGGGGAAAGCGAGUUAAGAAGAAGAAGAGUGCAUUUGGAUGGCUUAAGAAGGCAUUCAGUCUUGAUGAGGACGAAAAGGCGGAUUACGAAGCACGCAAGGCCAUGCAGUACCAGAACCAAUACAAUAAUCAGUAUUACGAGGGACACAGUCCCAAGUUCUUGGAUGGAAAGAGAAUUCGGUAGCGUGGGCAGAUGAGGGAUUCUGGAUAUUUGAGCUUUUGACGCGGUUAAAUACCCGAUCAAAAGUGUCUCCUAUUUCACGCAAAACUUCAUUUGCGAAUUGAUACCCGGCGACGACGCUCGCCUGAUUUUGCGCAUAAGCGUUCCUCACUCAUUUACUUUGUCACUUGGAUGCUCUCAGCAUUACAGCAUCUGCACAUCUUUUGGAAAUAUCAUUGAUGGCAUUACAUUCCUACGAAAACUUUCUUUCUACUUGGCAUGCCAGAUUCUUCGGCCAGCGAUGAAGGCGUUUCUGGUUUGGGCACUACGGUUAGGAAGAUGCUUAAUCUAUCUUGCAUCUUCAUGUUUUUAGGACAGAUUUAGGGCCAUUUGAUGGAAGGGACGAAGUUGGAUGUUGCUGAAGGAUCUAUAAAAGAGUUAAAGCCUGAAAUGCCACGAUGAUGGCAUUCAGUAUAUUACAAAUUUACGUAUCAAUGACCAUACAGAUCAGUCUCUGAGAAUGAAUGCUCGGAAAUGUCCCAUUCGCCAUGGACAUGUGUGAUUCAGAUGUGAAGACACCCGAUGUAUUUACUCUGCUAUGGCAGGAAUUGAACUCAUAUACUCAUAUGCUUGUAAUCUAUGCUUCCAAAUGCAGACCAAAGCAAUGUCCUUCAGCAUAUCUCUAUGGCCAGCUAUGUAAUCUGUUAUUCCCCAAACCCAUAACUCUUGACGCGACUAAAGAAGAAUGGCUUGUCGUUCUUCAAGCCAAACUCACCCCAGUCAUCCGUCAACUUAUUGUAGCUGUAGAAGCCACGCCAGAUAAGUUUGUUGUUACGGGACCCCUUGCCAGCACUUCGCAUGGAGAGGUCCAUGCGAUACAUGUACUUGGAUCCUACGCCCUCGGUCUCAAUAAAGACAUCACCUUCUGGAUCACGGUCUCGAUCAUGCUUGCCAAUCGCUGGACCGGGUCGGUCUGUAUCAGAGCCUUCAUCGCGGUCAGCAGCGGUGGACAGGCGCCAGCGACCGCGAAGAGCGAGAGCCAUGACGGCGGAGGGGAGGUGGGGCUGUGCAACACCGCGGUGGACGUUGAGCUCCUCGCGAGUCAUGUGGUGCACGACAUCUGCGGGUUCGGCAGUGCUGAGAAGGCUGAUGAGUGUACCAUCACGGAAGAAACGGAGGUAUCGAUAGUAUGUAACGAUAUGAAUGGGACUGCCCCACGUAGGCUGAUUAGUUGAGGCUUGUCCAGUGCGAACAUAGUUGACUGUGGAGAUAUAGCAGCCAUUGAAACGAAUUCGUGGUCGUGAGCGGAAAAGCUGCUUCCAGGUUGGGUAUACAGAGGGUACAAGAGACUCUGUGAAAGCAAUGUUGGCGUCGCGUUUCCGCUGUGCAAGCUCAGAGGGACUGAUUACGAAACCAUCCUGAAUCUCAGGGCCUUCUUGUUCCUCCUCUGGCAGUUCGUCCCACUCGACGCCCUUUUCGAAACGGUAGAUCUGUGAGCUGAAACCAACUUCUGGACCAAGAGCUACACGGCGCCAGAUGCGCUGCUCUGAAGCAACAAGGUACGCGAGACGCUUGCACACUCGGGAUAAGCGGGCGAAGUCUCCGAUAUCUGUGAUUGCAACGUCGCGGAGGAUGUGAAUGAGGAUCUCAUCGGGAAGAUCGGCCAUAGGACAGGGUGGCUCGGGCAUGCCCUCGAUAGGAGGAGGGGCAGGCUCGAUUUUCAACCCGGAGAAGCUGGC